GCUGUUUGUGUUGUUUGUAUUGUUAGUUACACAUGCAUAUGUGUCAGUGCCAGAGGGAUUGUGCGAGGGAGCUGUGAAAGUAACACUUGCAGCAAGUGUGGCCACAUAAAAGUUAACAACAGAACAGUGAAACAUGAGCGGGGGUUACGAUGUCGACCUGUUUGUGGAGGUUCCAGACUGUGAGCUGAUCUGCACCAUCUGCAGGUGUGUGUUAAGGUGUCCCGUCAGAAUGGCCUGCAGCCAUGUGUUCUGCAAGAGCUGCAUCCUGCAGUGGAUUCAGAGGCAGGACUCGUGUCCAUGCUGUAGGAAGCCAGUCAGUCCCAGUCUGAUGAUGGCCUUGUACAAGCUGAACAAAACCAUCGGGCGUCUGAGGGUCAAGUGUGCCAACGAGGGCUGUUCCUCCACCUUCCUCCUGUCAGAGGAGCUCCUCCACUCCUCCUCCUGCCUCUUCCAGGAGGUGCCCUGCCUUCACCAGGGCUGCUCUGCCCAGGUGCCCCGGCACCACCUAGAGAGCCAUGCCCGCCACUGCAGCCACUGGAUCCAGCUCUGCCCGAUGGGCUGUGGCACCACGCUCACCCAGGCCACAAGGGCUCAGCACAACUGCUACAGGCAGCUGAAGCAGCAGGUAGAGGCUCAGAGGCGGAGUCACAGGGCCAUCGCCAGAGCUCUCGGCAGGAAGAUGAGUCGAGUGCAGAGCGCCAUCACUCACAUGAAGAGACAGGUGGCACUGAUCAGCAAGAGCUUGGAUUGGCUGGAGGGGGGCGUGGAGGGGGGAGAGGAAGGAGAGAGGAUGAGAGGAGGAGAGGAGAGUGGAGAGAGGGAAGGAGAGGAGGAGACCACAGACGAGAGCAGCACCAGCAGCAACAGUAGCAACAGCAGCCCCUAGAAUAGCAGCAUCUUCAUUAAAGAUUUAUCUCCUGGUGCUAUGAGAUCAUUUGGGAAACAACUUAUUUGUGGGUGGGGGUGUUUAUGGAGGGAUACAACAGGAAGUAGAAUAGAUAAUAUCACAGGGGGGAACACAGUGAAAAGAACACAGGCAGCAGUAGUGGCAAAACUAGGCUUUAUAAAAUAUUUAUUGACCUGUUUUGAGGUUAGUUUAUUUUUGCAUUUUUAUAGAAGGAGAGAGACUUUUGUCCAUUACUAGGAUGGGAAACGGCAAAAACCUUGUCUGCAUGAAUAAAAAGGCAUUCAAUAUAUGACUUGAUUCUU